AUGGCGUGGCCAAACCCUUUUGCCCGCCGAGAUGAGUACACACGUACAGCAUGGGGCUACACCUUCCAAUUGACUCCCGGCCACCUCACGCUCGAGAAGUCUCAUCCUCUCAAGCACUCAUACGACACCCUAGGAGAGGAAUGCCUCACCAUCCUCAACCAGAUCUCCCCACCAGAAACUCCCGGACUUAGACCCACCUCCUCCCCAGCAACUAUCACCACAGAUCUUAAGCCAGACCCAUCCCUCCCACCCACAUCACAUCCCCCGCCACCCAAGUCCACCAGUAAACCCAAACGCGACCUCUAUGCCCAUCUCCUUCAACACAAGUCCAACCACCCCGCCCUGGAGCACCUCUACACCACAGCAUGCACGCCUCCCUUCCCUGUGGACUGGGACCAGAUGGUGCGCGGCCAAGACGUCUUCUAUCGCUACGCCGGUCCCUCCCUCACCGGUCUUGCCUACCAAUCCCUCCUCGGCGGCAUGGGUGCCGCUCGCGUCGUCGAGACGCUCGCCCGGACCGGCGGCUUUAACACCAAAGUCGCCCGCCACCGCCUCUUCGAGACAACCCAAUUCAUCCUGGAGUGCACGCGUGACCUAGAGAGCAUUCGGCCCGGCGGCGACGGGUUCGCGAGUGCUCUGCGAGUCCGGUUGCUGCAUGCCGCGGUGCGGAAGCGGAUUCUGGGGCUGGAGGAGAAGUAUCCGGGCUAUUAUAGCGUGGAGGAGAAUGGGGUGCCGAUCAAUGAUCUGGAUUGUAUUGCGACGAUAGGGACGUUCAGCGCUACGCUGUUGUAUUUAAGUUUACCAAGGCAGGGGAUCUGGGUCACGCGGCAGGAGGAGGUGGACUAUAUUGCGCUGUGGAGGCUGAUUGCUUGGUACACGGGGACGCCGACAGAGUGGUUUGAGACGCCCGAGAGGGCGAAAAUGGUGAUGGAGAGUUUGCUGCUGAACGAGAUCCGGCCGAGUAAGACGUCUGGCGUGUUGGCAAAUAACAUUAUUCGAGCCUUGGAGAAUACACCGCCGGCGUACGCGAGUAGGAGCUUUCUGCUGGCGAAUACGAGGUGGUUGAAUGGGCACGAGUUGUGUGAUGCUUUGGAGUUGGGGAGGCCCGGGAUGGUGUAUUAUGCGUUGACCGUGGGGCAGUGUUUGUUCUUUAUGGGGGUGUGUUAUUUCUACAGGCAAUUUGAGGGAUUGGAUCGGUGGAAGGUGCAGGCGGCGAGAAAGGUGUUUUGGGAGUUCAUUGUGGAGAACAAGUAUGGAUUGGGUGGGGAGAAGGCGGUAUUUGAGAUGAAAUACGUGCCAGACUUGGGCGUGGGGACGGAAAAGGAUGGCGGGAGCGAGGUCAAGAGUGGCAUUAUGGGAGUCGAGGGAAGGAGUGCGAGGGCGUUGGUUGUGGGGGUGUUGGGGUUGGGAGGUGUUGUUUGGGGGUUGGUGAAGGUCGUCGCCGGUGUUUGGACGAUGGGUAGAUGGGCAGUGGAAGCUGCAUUGAGCAUGCGAUGA